UAAGAAAGUGUUAAAAUUUUAAAAAAAGUUUUACAAUUUGUGGAACAUUGGUCUAAGGGUCAACUAAAAAUAUGAAUACAAAACUGUGCGUGAUUUUUGUUACACUAUUGAGUUUGGCAUUUGCCAAUACUCUAACCAAAUAUGAUGAUAACAAACCUCAAUUGUUUAGUAUUAAUGAUCAAAUUAAAAAAAUGAUUGAAUUGCUUAAAGAUCAUAUGCCAUGUGGAAUACCAGAAUUAGGUGUACCAGUUUUAGCUCCAAUGGAAAAAGAUUUUGCUGAAUUUCAAUAUCAACAAAAAUUAGCCGAAAUUAUUGUCAACAUGUUUGAUUUGAAUGUAGAUGGUUUAAAUAAUUUCGAAGUAAAUAGCGUUUCAUUAAGUGUUUUAACAUUAAAAUUGAAAUUUGAUUUUACAUUUAAAGAAAUUCAAGCUAAAUCACAAUAUGUUGCAAAUGCUAUAUUAUUAAAAAUAUUGAGAAUUAAAGGUAAUGGUGAUGCUGAUAUUACAUUAAAAGAUUUACGUAUUGUUGGUGAAGCACAAAUUGGUUCAAAUAGUACAACAAAAGAUCUAUAUUUAAGAGAUUUUAAAGCAACAAUUGUUUUGGGACAAUUUAAAUCUGAUAUUACUGGUUUAUUAUGGGGUAAAUUAACUGGUAAAUUAGCAAAUGCAGCUAUUGAAAAAGCUGUACCAUUAUUAUUAAAACAUAGACAUGAUGAUGUUGUUGAUAUUGUACGUGGUGUUGUAACUGAAAUUGUUAAUGCAAAAUUAAAAGGUUUAACAAUUAAAGAUUUAUUAGAUUUAAUUAAUAAUUUCCCAGAAUUGGAAGAAUGUAAUCCACCAGCAAUCAAACAAUAUGAAACAUAUGGUUUAGAAGAACUUGAAAAAUUGGUAAAAGCAUUGUAAAAAACAAAACCAACAUGAAAAUUUAAAAAUGAUUUUAUUGAAAAAAAAAAUAAAAUAAAAAUCUAAAGAUUGUACUUUUUUGUUAAAGAGUUUGUUUUUAAGAGUUUGUAGAUUUAAAAUAUAAUGGCCAUUGUUCCAGCGUU